AGCCUCUUCAGGCCAACGAAAAGUGGAGCUCGAGGAAAUUCAGAGGCAUCCACUGAAUCAAGGCAGAUAGAGGCAAAAAUGACUGCUAGUGAAAGAAAUCCAGGCAACAAGUUGCAGAAAAGCUACUUCGAUGUAUUGGGUCUUUGCUGUUCAUCAGAGGUUCCUUUGAUCGAGAAGAUUCUGAUGCCACUUCCUGGAGUCAAAGAUGUUACAGUUAUCGUCCCAUCCAAAACAGUCAUUGUUGUUCACGACACUCUCCUCAUCUCCCAGGUUCAGAUUGUUAAGGCACUGAAUCAAGCGAGGUUGGAAGCAAAUGUUAGAGUAUCUGGAAGUGGAGGGGGAAACUAUCAGAAAAAAUGGCCGAGUCCAUUUGCAGUUGCUUGUGGUGUUUUACUAGCGCUAUCAUUUUUAAGAUACGUGUUUCACCCCUUUCAAUGGGUUGCUCUUGGAGCGGUUGCUAUUGGUAUAUAUCCAAUAGUUUUGAGAGCUAUAGCGGCGAUCCGCAAUUUCACACUCGAUAUCAACAUUCUUAUGCUAAUUGCAGUCGCGGGAUCCAUUGUUUUGCAUGAUUAUUGGGAAGCUGGAACUAUCGUCUUUUUGUUUACAAUAGCAGAGUGGCUCGAGUCAAGAGCUAGUCAUGAGGCCAAUGUUGUCAUGUCAUCAUUGGUGAACAUAGUUCCUCAAAGAGCUGUAUUAGCUGAAACUGGAGAAGAAGUUAAUGCUGAUGAAGUGGAGGUGAACACUAUUCUAGCUGUGAAGCCCGGAGACAUUAUACCUCUCGAUGGGAUUGUAGUAGAUGGGAAAUGUGAAGUAGAUGAGAAAACUUUAACUGGGGAAUCAUUUCCAGUGGCCAAGCAAAAGGAUUCCACUGUUUGGGCUGGCACAAUCAACCUAAAUGGUUAUAUUAGUGUUAAAGCUACAACGCUAUCAGAAGAAUGUGUGGUGGCUAAGAUGGCAAAGCUUGUAGAAGAUGCUCAAAGCAACAAAUCCAGAAUUCAAAGAUUGAUAGACAAAUGUGCCAAGUACUACACACCAGCCAUUUUGGCUAUAUCAGCUUGUAUAGCUGUUGUUCCGGCUGCACUAAAAGUACAUAAUCGCAAUCAAUGGUAUCACCUGGCCCUGGUUGUUUUAGUAAGUGGAUGCCCAUGUGCAUUUAUUCUCUCGACACCAGUUGCAACAUUUUGUGCACUUUCAAAGUCAGCAACAUCAGGUGUUCUAAUAAAAGGAGCAGAGUAUCUUGAACUUCUGGCAAAAAUAAAGAUCAUGGCUUUUGACAAGACUGGGACAAUAACUAGAGGAGAAUUCAUGGUGACAGAGUUUCGAUCUCUCUUUGAUGGCGUUAGCAUGAACGCAUUGCUUUAUUGGUAA